CACACGCCAGCCGUCUCGCCGUCUACAAUGAGUGGCCUUCGCUGUUUCUUCAUGGCGAUCGUGGUGUUGAGUCUGAAGUGGAAUUCGUUGGGUUUACCGACGCCUUCUAUAGCUUGCGAAGGCGACUGCAGAAGCGAAACACCCCAGAGCACCAGCUUAGGCGGAACUCACAGCUUCAGCAGGGGCUCAGACGGGACGAUCAGGGGCGUCUGCUCUUUCAAUGUGUCUGACACCGUCGUUAAGAUAACUUAUUCGGAAGAUCGCUUUGGGAACAUCAUAGCCAACGCAAAACCCGGUACCGACAGUGAAGAAGAUCCUCUGGCUCAGCUCGAGCAAUGCAGAUCUGCUGUAGAAGGGGCAGGCAAUGACCUGAGAAAGCGACUGGUGGAGAUAAGAAGAAAAUCUGGGUAGCUGACAUUUAGUGUAAUUUCCAACGCGAUUUCCUCUCAGAUGAGAAAACCAAGUCUGGCUCUUUGAUUUUAUCUACAUUUAUUCCUUAGUUUGCUUACAUGUGCUCCUUACACUACGCAUACACAUGCAGAUUGUUUGAAUGUAUAUUGUUGGAAUAAUUUAAGUGUUUUAAUAUUCCUCUUAUUUUCUGAUUCUGAGCGUUGUUAUAAAAUAUAUAUAU